GAGGGAGCUGUGGCUGAGGACGCCGAGGCCUGGAGUGGGUGGUAGCCCCGAGCCGGGACGCUCCUCCCCCCACAUUCUCCCCAGGUCUGCAGGGACGAGUACCCACACUGCCUCCUCCCACGCCGUGCUUAGGAACCCUUGCUGGCCUCGGAACACCAGCACCUUCCCUCCCGUGCAGACCUGCCUGGCCGGGGGCCCCUCCUCCACAGCCAUGGUCUGGAAGAAACUGGGCUCCCGCAACUUCUCCAGCUGCCCUAAUGGUUCCAUCCAGUGGAUAUGGGAUGUGCUGGGUGAAUGUGCCCAGGACGGCUGGGAUGAGGCCAGUGUGGGCCUGGGCUUGAUCUCCAUUCUCUGCUUUGCUGCGUCUACCUUCCCCCAGUUCAUCAAAGCCUACAAGACGGGCAACAUGGACCAGGCGCUGUCCCUGUGGUUCCUCCUGGGCUGGAUCGGCGGAGACUCCUGCAACCUCAUCGGCUCCUUCCUUGCUGACCAGCUGCCCCUGCAGUCCUACACAGCUGUGUAUUACGUCAUGGCAGACCUGGUGAUGCUGACGCUGUACUUUUACUACAAGUUCAGGAAACUCCCCUCUCCAUGGGCCCGUUCGGCAGGCACAGCUCCAGCUCCUCCUCUGUGUCCAGCCCUGGGCUUGGAGCUGGGGAAACGAGGACAAGUCACACAGGCUGCCUCUGCCCCAGCCUUCAGGAGGAGCAGGAGACAAGUGUCUGCCCCCAUCAACUCCAUGCUGCUGUUCCUCAUGGGGACGGCAUGCGCCACACCGCUGCUGAGCGCUGCUGGGCCCGUGGCUGCCCCGAGGGAAGGCUUCCGGGGACGGGCGCUCCUGUCUGUGGAGCCGGGCAGCAAGCCCUUCACCCGGCAGGAAAUCAUCGGCUUCGUCAUCGGCUCCGUCUCCAGUGUGUUGUACCUGCUCUCCCGGCUGCCUCAGAUCCGCACCAACGCGCGAUGUGGCCUGCCAGCCAGGCUGCAAGAGACCCAUGUGUGUCUUGGAGGAGUAGGAGUUCAGGGGAAGUUCCUCCGGAAGUCCACCCAGGGGAUCUCCUACUCGCUGUUCGCGCUGGUGAUGCUGGGGAACACGCUGUAUGGGCUGAGCGUGCUGCUCAAAAACCCCGAGGAGGGUCAGAGCGAGGGCAGCUACUUGCUGCACCACCUCCCCUGGCUUGUGGGCAGCCUGGGCGUGCUGCUGCUCGACACCAUCAUCUCCAUCCAGUUCUUGGUGUACAGGCGCAGCGCUGCCGCCUCGGAGCUUGAGCCCCUCCUCCUCCCCAGCUGACCGAGGCCGGCUGAGCGCAGGAGGACGGGGACCACCGGAUGCCACACCAGGCAGGGGGAGGUGUGGGCAGUGAUGGUGCUGCAGCUCUGCAUCAGUGUGUGGGCGGCCUCUGGAUCCCCCAUGGACCGAACCGUCCCCUCUGGGAACACACCUUCAGGUAGACCCUGAAGCCUCGAGGCCAGGGCUGAAGCAGAGACCCCAGGGCCUCUCAGGAGACAGGCUGCCCCUCCUACCACCUACCUCAUUCUGCCUACUCACCCCAGGGGCCACAGCUGCAGCCUGCGGGACUCAGGACUGUCCUGUCAACUCUAGACAACCGAGUAAACGGGCUGGGUGUGGUGUCUCACACCUGUCAUCCCAGAACUUUGGGAGGCGGAAGCGGGUGGAUCACUUGACGUCUGGAGUUCGAGACCAGCCUGGCUAACAUGGUGAAACCCCGUCUCUACCAAAAAUACAAAAAUUAGCCAGGCGUGGUGGCAGACACCUGUAGUCCCAGCUACUUGGGAGGCUGAGGCAGGAGAAUUGUUUGAACCCAGGAGACAGAGGUUGCAGUGAGCUGAGAUCGUGCCACUGAACUCCAGCCUGGGUGACAGAGUGAGACUCCAUCUCAAAAAAUAAAAAAGACAACCGAGGAAAUGGUACCUCCCCGCGAGA